UUUAUUACUAUCAAGGUGUGGAACAGAGCUAAAGAUGAGCAACGAUGAUAAUCACGGAUCGUCUUCUUGUCCAAGCAAAUUUACGAGUUUGUAUAUAGCAAAUCUUGAUGCCCAAGUCUCUGAAGAAAUGUUGAUUCUGAUGUUUUCGGAUUUCGGAAAGAUUAGAAGAUCGGUUCUAGCAAAGGAUUUUAGAGGAGAGUCACGAGGAUUUGCUUUCAUUGUGUUUGAAAACGCGGAUAGUGCUAGACAAGCCAUGCUUCAUAUGAACGGAAGGUUAAUAGGUCAGAAGAUUCUAUACGUUGAGAGGACACCCAAGGUCGAAGAAGGUCGAGACAUAUGAUAGCCUACGUUGGAUUACUGCUCUCGGCGUUUAGGUUUUGUGCUAGAAACUUAUGAUUUGAGAAUUGUCCUUAAUUUUGAUUGCCGAUAAAACAUUUUUCGCUAA